GAACAAAAAAACAUGUACUCCGCACUUUACUCUGAUUAUUUACAGCAAAUUGAUCUCCAAAGAACACGAUAAAAUUCGCAUUGUUCAGAUUCUACUCCCAGACUCCCAGUCUCUCUCUUCAUUCACUGUGGAUUGCGGCUAGGGUUUUAGAGUCUCGUCACUCACUUACUCCACUCUCUCUCCUCUUCCUUUAUCCCCUUUUGUCAUCUCAGUUUAUGUGACAUUUUUUGCCUGCAAACAUUCAACCGAUCUGAAAAAAUAAAAUUCCCCAAAUGGUAUCCAAAUCAAAUUAAAACCUCCCCUUUUUUUGGUUCUUGAUUUUGAUUGCUGGGGUUUGUAGCUUUUGAUUUUAGCUUUUGCUAAAUACCCAAUUCAAAUCUUGAAAAAAUGGCGACAAUGAACCCUUUUGAUUUGUUGGGUGACAACGAUAACGAUGACCCAUCGCAGCUCAUCGAGUCUGCUGCUCAGCUGCAGAAGGUUGCUGCUGCGACUCAGAAAACACCAGCUCAGGCUGCUUCUCAAACCCAGCAAAAAGCUGCGAAAUUGCCCUCAAAACCCCUGCCCCCAUCUCAAGCUGUUCGGGAGGCAAAGAAUGAAACCCAACGCGGAGGAAGCCGUGGAGGAGGUCGUGGUGGUGGCCGCGGCCGCGGUGGAUACACCAAUAGAGAUUAUCCAAGCAAUGAAAAUGCUUUUAACAACACCGGAGUGACUGGCGGUCAAGGAGAUGAAGGGGAAGGUGGAAGGGACAGGCGGUCUUUUGGUGGACCUCGUGCCCCUUACCGCGGUGGUCGCCGAGGUGGUUUCAACAAUGAGGAGGGGAGAGAUGGAGAACGCCCACGCAGAACCUUUGAACGUCGAAGUGGGACUGGGCGUGGUAGUGAGGUCAAACGCGAGGGUUCUGGGCGUGGAAACUGGGGUGCUGAAUCAGAGGAAGUUGCCCCUGUUAACGAGGAAGGUGUAGAACAAACUGAGAAGAAUGUCAACUCUGAGAAUCUUCCAGCUGUAGAAGAUGCUGCUGUUGGCAACAAGGAGGGCCAGCCAGAGGAGGCUGAAGAAAAGGAACCAGAAGAAAAGGAGAUGACUCUUGAAGAGUACGAGAAAUUACUGGAAGAGAAGCGGAAGGCUCUAUUAGCCCUCAAGUCCGAGGAGCGAAAAGUGGUGGUUGACAAAGAAUUAGAGUCCAUGCAACAACUUUCAAACAAGAAGGACGAUGAUUCAGUUUUCAUUAAAUUGGGUUCUGACAAGGAUAAGAAGAAGGAAGCGCUGGAAAAGGAGAAAGUGAAGAAGUCUGUCAGCAUUAACGAGUUUCUGAAGCCCGCUGAAGGUGAGAGAUUUGGAGGACGUGGCAGAGGACGUGGUGGUCGUGGCUCAAGAGGUGGUGAAUAUGGUGGUGGAGGAGGUAACAGGACAUAUAGUGCCCCUGCUCCUGCAAUUGGAGAUCCCGGGGAGUUCCCAACUUUAGGUGGCAAGUGAGGCCUUUAGCUAUAAACGUUGGUCUCUUUGUGGGAUUUUACUUGUUUGCCCUUUGAUUUUAAGUCUUUUGAGUCUAAGGAAUGAACUUCCAGCUGCGAGUUUCCUGUACCAAAUCCAUCGUUAAGGAGAAUUUUUAUGUUUUUCUAAUUUGUAUAUUUAUUCUGUUACCUCUUUUUUUCCCCUUUUCUUUUGUAUUUGAUGUUUGAUUCUUCUAUUUAGUUGUUAGGAAGGAAAUACGGUAUGAAAACUGUUCUUUUUGCUCAAUUUUGUUACUGAAAUAGAAUAGUCUUUUUGGUCAA